CCUACAUCUACCUACUUCACAUUCGCCCCCUCCCUUCCUCGUUCAUUUAUUUUCUGUCAAGUACUAUGAGUAUAUGUGUGUUUGUAAUAUGCGAUCACGCGGUGAGCAACGUCACUCUACAGUGUAUGUAUUAAAGAGACCUAGAUAGGUCAGGAUUCAAUCUACAACUUAGAUUGGUCACACAAUCGUGAGAUUGUUGUAUCUGACACGGUAAAUAUCAUUUAUACAAAACAAAGACUGCUGCAACAAAAAGAUGCCAAGUUUUUCGUCGAGAAGCAGCACGCCCAUGGUAGAGUCCGGCUCGGUGCAGCAGGGGGUGUUGCUUGAUUUGGGAGGACUGUUUCUUCCAAACGGCAAGCAUCGGCCACGCACCAGUGACGCGAGACCAAAGAAGCGGAGUCCCUUUGUUGAUUUUCGCCCGCCAACUGCGGCGGCGACCGCGGCGUUGCAGCGUAUGCAGACCUUAAUUGGUCAGCCCGCUCCCCAGACCAAAACAACACGAGUUGGCAUCGAGCCUAGUGUCGGUUCGCAGUCCAGUUCCGCGGUCGGGUCGCCAGCAGGACCGCCUAGUGCCAGCUUGAGCUCUCCGGCUGCGAUUUCCGCCGACGGCGGUGGGACAGUCGUUGCGAGUCAAACACUUUUCCCGCGCAGUGGUACUAGUCAAAACCUCGUGUCAUCGCUGUCGCGCAGCAACAGCAAAGCGGCUUCUCCGGCUACUGACACGAGCAACCGUCUCCUCGUGCGACCAAGACCCGACACCGCCGAUGCGUUUGUAGGCGAAAGACUAAAGGUAGCGGCAAAGGCUGCUGACGAGACAAAGAAGAGGCGACCGGCGACCGCUCGGGCGUGGCCUGGUGCCUGGGCCGGUUCGCGUUUGUGGCCACCAAGUUUUUUUACACCAACGAAUAGCACACCCGUUUCUCCAGUCGAAGGACCAAAAAUAGUCGACGAGCACCAGACGGACGUAGGAUCUGAAUCUGUUUGUUACACAUCGACCUGACCACAACAAUGUUUAUGUAAAUCGUGCUUUUCCAAAUACUGGAUAAUCGAAACGCAGAUGAGUGCCUCUAGAACUAUCAUAACCUAUUGGAAGACUUUGUCACAAAAAAAAUUAAUUCAGAUAUUAAACGUUACAACUACUUGAACAGCGACAGAGACAGUCAAGUAAAUUUUCACUUCUAGGAUGUCGAACUAAUUGCUUGCUUUUCAGUUAAACAACGUAAACCCUACAUUUAUUUUUCAGAAGGAGCAACGCGUGCGUCCGGCAACCGUUUAUCGAACCAGAGACGGCGGAACACUACGAGAGACAUCAGUGUCAGGUCUUUACCUAGACUUAAGGCUACUGCUUCAUCAUCCCACAUGACGUAUCCUUGUGAGUAGAAAUCCUCUCAAGUUAAUUUGAGAUGAACUUAAGGGGAGGAGACAGUCUUAGGGUACCACUUAACUUGUCAGGACGAUGAACUAGAACGGCCGUUAAUAGAUGGCCACGGCAAUUACGUGCGAAAGACGACAGGAAAACUGGAUACAAGCGAGAACAAGCGAAGACUUGCUAGAAAGGUUCGCCAAGAGGUUUUCGGUGCAGGAGUAGGUAAUCGUGGACUCCAGCGAUUGCCAACCCACGUGUUGCCCGGACAACACACAGUAUUUGAUAUUACACGUAUCUUCAAAGUUAAUGCAGCGACAAUUGGCGAAGAAGGAACUCAGUGAAAUUCAGGGUUUUCUUUGAUAAAUCUUAGACUUGGUUCUAUAGAACUAACUGAAGAAAAGACGAGAAAGAGAAACUAAUUACAUAUGUUCACUGCUCAGGGCUUAUUUUACGAUGACCCGGAUGAGGAUGAAGUUCAGUUCAAUCCUGACGACCAUGGAGUUGUAGCUGAGAGGGUGCGCGCGCAGCAGGAAAAGCGGCAGAAGUUAGCUAUGUAUAUGGAGAAGCACAUGCAACGUGAAGAAUUGGCGAGCCACAACAAGGCUCAUCAGCCUAAGAAGUACUGUCCCUCUCUUCAGACCUUUUUUCAGUCCUGUAUUAUGGCCUCUCGUUCAAGACUAAUGGUAAUCUACGAUUAAUAUUUUUUUCGAGUUCCAAAUUCGGCCAUUUAUUGUGCGUCAUUCCUCCACCACCACCAGAUACAAAAACUUCAACUCCGCUUUGGAUGAUCUGUUACAAUUUGAAAGGAAGAUGCUGAGUCGCCGCAUGCCGCUCACUACGGUUGAGGACAAAAAAAGUGCGCAGGCAUCGAGCUCGAACGCCAGCACUGCAGCAUCGACUCCCGUCGAAGGAACAAACGAACUUACGUCUAAGGGUUACAGCGCAUCUGUGACGGAGACGCAAUCCGUACUUACAAUAGACUAAGAAGACUCUUAAUCAAAGUAAGCUUGUUGUUUUUGCAAUGUACAAAAAGAUGUAUUUAUUUGUCACAUUAACCUGGGCGGAGUUAAUGUCGCGGCCAGAAUAGGUACUUGCUAUCUUCAGAACAGUACUUGUUUUAUUCCAUUUCAGGAACUAGCUUCGAGCGCAAGCAGUAGUGCCGCGGCCUCGACGGUGGGAACGCCAUUGACGCAAGAACCAGCGCCAAUGCAGGAGGACGGCUUUCUCGCAAGGCAGCUGUUGUCGAUGUUAGCACGGAUGAGCCGGCUAGUGCUCGCUGAAAAAGAGCGCACUCGAGUGCAGCGCUAUUUAAUCCGAUCGCAGGAGGUGCAGUGCCUAUUCCGCUUACUGGGCAAUGUGCUGCCCGCGCUAGCCGCUCUGUCGAUUCCUAACGGCUUCUUGGUCCCGGGGGGGAUCACAACAGUUGCAGCCGUUGCCUCGGGGGCGGAGACAGUCGAACUUUUUCGCCGAAGUUGUCCCAUCGUGGCUGCACACGUGGAGAAUCUUCCAGUGUUCAACCGGAGCGAGCGUGUCCUCAAAACGCCAUCGCAGUUCAAGGCAUUACAUGCCAAAGUCGUGAAGGACCUGCGCGCAGUACAAGCUCUCUUACAACUGUAACGGAGAUCUCGUUGUUCAGGAAUGAAUAACGAUGAUGUAGCCGUGGGGGACUUCUACGAUAGGCCGCCUAAAAUUGGUGUUCUUCAUUUCUCUGGAGUAAAUGUAGAAUAUGAUUUCGUUGAUAUUCUAAACCGUGUCUCGUGUUUCGCGCAUAUCUUCAUUGCUGUUUAUCUCUGGAAACGUAAUAUAGAUUUCGUGCAAAGAUUAUCUGUGCGCAUGAGUCGAUUAUCAUCGCACUUUCUAUGGAGUAGAUUAUCAUCGAUGUUGCACUUCUCCAAUCAUAAGCUGCGACAUGCAAAAAACAUAUGCCACCGGCUGCGUCAUGAAGCUGUUCCCUUGCUGCCAGCUUAUCUCCCAAGAGUAGAAUUAUGCGUCAUAUGAAGAUUCCUUGUCAACUUUGAUAACACCAGGAGUAGAUAUUUCAUUUGAUGAUUUUCUGCUAUGAAUAUCUUAGAGUGAUUCCUUCCGCCGCUAGAAAUAUAGCAUCUGCCUCUGUUCCGUGACUAGUACCAAAUUUCCAAAGGUUUACGUACGCUAUGAUCUAUUUCCCUAUCAGCCAAUUUUCGAUGCGCCUAUUAGAUUAUCACCUUUUUUCUUACGGCAAUACUCAAACUACCUCUUUGAACAUCAAACCACAACAUUCAUUAUGUUUUCUACAUUACUUGCCGUCCUUAACAUCUAGCCCUAUUGUAAAAGAACUUUUUUCAGCCUUCCACCGCUGUCCUUCGUUUUUCUACCCAUUAUCUUGAUCCGUCUCAAGACUAUCUUCAUCCACCGAUAGUUUUUCGGGACUGUUUCAUGACCAGCAACAACUUCCAAAUCAAGCACUUCUUUUAGAAUCCAACAACAAGCGAGAUUAGCGGGUAAAAAUCGCCAGGGAAAUCCUAGGCAAGCUGCGGAAUUGAUUCGAAUCGUCAGAACUCACUAAGCAACAA